GCGUGCUUUCGGACGCAGUGUGGCGGAAAUUGCGGGAACAUGAAGCGGCUGACUCUGUGUGCGCUUACUGUCACUUUCAUCGCCGCGGUGUUCGCCGCAAAAUCUCCUUAUCAGUCUGUUCUUCAACACAGCAGGAUAAGAGGAAGACAGCAUGGCCCCAACGUUUGCGCUAUGCAGAAGAUUCAAGGAACCGAUAAGAAGUACUUUACCAACUGCAAGCAGUGGUACCGACGCAAAAUAUGCGGCAAACCAACUGUGGUUACCUAUGAAUGUUGCCCUGGUUAUGAAAAGGUGCUAGGAGAGAAAGGCUGUCCUGCAGCUCUUCCUUUGGUGAAUAUAUACAACACCCUGGGGGUGGUUGGAGCCACGACUACUAAGAUGUACUCUGACAGAGCCAAACUGAGGGAGGAAAUUGAGGGACCUGGCAGUUUUACAUUCUUUGCCCCAAGUAACGAUGCCUGGGCUGCUCUUCCUGUUGAAAUUCUGGAUGCCUUGGUGAGCAACGUGAACAUUGAGCUCCUUAAUGCAUUGCAUUACCACAUGAUUAAUAAACGCUUGACUUCAGAUGAUCUCAAGCAUGGGUCCUCCUUCUCCUCAAUGUACCAGGAUUUUGAUGUUCAUAUCCAGCAUUAUUCCAAUGGUAUUGUGACUGUUAACUGCGCAAGGCUGGUGAAGACUGACCAGCAUGCCACUAAUGGAAUAGUACACGUUGUCGACAGAGUUAUCACAGCUAUCACCAACAAUAUCCAGUCUUUUCUUGACACUGAUGAUGAACUCACAACACUCCAGAAAGCUGUUGAUGAUGCUGGUCUUAACUCAUUGAUGGAGAAUGAGGGAUCCUAUACACUAUUUGCACCAACAAAUGAAGCAUUUGAGAAGAUCCCUAAAGAAAUGCUCAACAGAAUCAUAAAUGAUCCAGUCUCACUUAAAGAAUUGCUGAAUUACCACAUCCUGAAGAGUAUGCACUGUGCCGAGUCCAUUGUGGCAGGGACUCCACUGGAGACGCUACAGGGCACAGUGUUGGAGGUGGGCUGCGAUGGUGAAGAGAUGACCCUUAAUGGCAAAAACAUUGUCACAUCUACAGACAAGCUGGGCACCAACGGAGUUGUCCAUUAUAUCAAUGAGCUUCUCAUCCCUGACUCAGUUAAAACCUUAAAGGAACUUGCUGAAAGUGUUCCCCAAGUUUCCACGGCUACUAAGCUUUUCACAGACGCUGGUCUAAAUCCUCAGCUUUCAGGCUCAGAAGCAUUUACUUUGAUGGCACCUCAAAAUGAUGCUUUUAAAGGUACUUUUUCAAUGACACCUGAGACGAGAAAACUGAUGAGGAAGCAUGUUCUGAAGGGGAAACUCUCCUCCAAGAGUCUGUACCAUGGACAGGAGCUGGAAACACUUGAUGGAACUAAGCUUAGAGUAUUUGUGUAUAGAAAUAACCUCUGCAUCGAGAAUGCCUGUAUUGCUGCUCAUGACAAAAAUGGCCGCCACGGCACUAUGUUUAUCGUGGAUAAGGUUCUGGCUCCGCCCAUGGGCACCGUCAUGGAUGUUCUCAAGGCAGACAAUCGUUUCAGCACCCUAGUUGGAAACAUACAGCGGGCAGGCAUAACUGAGCUGCUGAACAAAAAAGGCACCUACACCAUCUUUGCCCCCACCGCUGAAGCUUUCCGUGUCAUGCCCCCAGCUGAUAGCAACAAAAUUACAAGAGAUCCAAGAGAACUUGCCAAUCUUCUGAAGUACCACAUAGGCGAGGAGUUUCUUGUGAGUGGUGGAGUGACCUCUCAUACCAGAAUGAAGCCUAUGUCAGGAGAGACACUUGAACUAGGCUUGAGGAACUCCACUAUGUAUGUCAACAGGGUGGCAGUUGUUGAUGCUGACAUUAUGGCUACUAAUGGAGUUGUACAUGCCAUUAAUUCAAUCAUAAAGCCUCUCCCUCCCAAGGCUGUAAGUGACCAAGCAGGGGACACUUCAUUGAGGCGUACCUCUGCAGCGAGGGUUGGUUCACAAAUUCUUAACAAUGAGGAACUUUUCAGGAGGAUUGUGAACAGCCACUCCAGCAGAACGAUGCCCAAAGUCCAGUAACCUCAUUGGUUUUAAGUUAAUCCCAACCUCCACUGCUCUUGGAAAACUCACAUGCACAAUUAGUAAUCUUUCUGUAAGCAUUGAGGAGGUAACCAACUUCAACACCCCAGGAAAAACGAAUGGGUUAAAAAUCUAAGCAUUUGAGAAUUCUGUGUGAAAACCAAAGACCAUGUUGAUGGUGAUUAAUUACAUAUUUGUUUAAUUGACUUGUAUCUCAAUUUAUGUCAAAUUUAGUGAUCUAGUGCCAAUUUUAAAUGAGAAAUGCGGUUUUAUUUGUUUUCUACUCUUUUUUGUGUUUUUUUUUAAUAUACAUGUAGCAUGUUUGCAUGGUUUAUGUUGGAACAAAAAAUGCUAUUCAGGCACAAGCAGUGCAGGUCAGGUUUACUUUCUUUAUGGUGCAAAAGCUGUUCCUAUGCAAAAAAAAUACAAUUCAUUUAGAAUUUACUGUACACGUGUUUGAUAAAAAUGCCAUUUCUAUACACCUACUCAGCAGCCUCCACAGCCAGAAAUCUUAGCGACAAAGCGCCUCCACAAGUCCAAACUAAAAAAAAAAAAAAAACAUAAAACAUUUUUUUCAUUAAUAUCAUGCCAUAAAAAGCAAUACUGUAUUGAGUUGAUGAGUUGCAUAUUGUUAAAUUUAGAUUUUUGUUUUUUCAAGAGCCUGGGAAAAAACUCUUCUUCAGCCGUGUGACUCACUGUGGUGGGCAUUUUGUCUGUUUAAUCUUGGUAGUGCUGCUUAAUUUGUGGAUGAACAAACGCUUUCUGGUGAUAACAUCUGCCAAAUUUAAUAGGAAUAGAUACUACACGCUGUACUGUACAAUUGUUGUGUGGAACCAAAGGACAGUUUUUACAAAUUUCACAAUAAAAUUACCAUUUUUAACCAGU